AUGGAAGGCUGGGAUGCCGAUCGUGCAAGUGCCUGGCAUGAUCAUCUUACGACCGUUCCAAAACUGAAAGCCUUCCUUGGACUUGUACUAUUGAUGGGAGUUGUCUGGUGCCCACGCUACCAUCUGCACUGGUCAACAAUGGAAAUGAUUCAUCAUCCGUUCUUCUCUGCCAUCAUGCCCAGGAAUCGUUAUUCUUUACUCCGUCCCUUUCUACAUCUGUCUGAUAACACCGCACCCAACCAAAACAACCGUCUACAUAAACUGGAAUCUUUUCUUUCUCUUCUCACCCCCACGUUCCACUACCUCUACUUUCCUAAGAAGAUGAUCUCACCUGAUGGAAGCAUGAUCAAGUUCAAAGGAUGUCUUGGCAUCGCGCAGUACAUGCCGAAGAAACCAAUCAAAUGGGGAAUAAAGGCAUGGGCGCUGUGCGAAAGUGACUCAGGUUAUACAUGGAACUGGGAAGUGUAUACUGGACAUGAAGAAGCACUUCAAGUAGUGAAUGCUGGAGACCAUGAUGGACCAAACAGCCACCCUCCUGAAUCGUCGAUAUGUGCUAGAGGAAAAGUUGUACUCUCCCUUGUUGAGGGAUUGGAGGGGAAGGGAUACUGGCUCUUUUGUGACAAUUUUUACACCCCUGCAUUAUUUCAAAAGCUGACUGAGAAUGGAUUUGGAUAUUGUGGCACUGCAAGGCCGUUGGCGAAGGGACUUCCCACGGGUGCAAAUCCCAAAGUACAUAAAAUGAAGAAGGGAGGCUGUCCAAAAUACUACAAGAAGAAAGGCCAGAUGCGUGUUGUUUGCAUGGACCAAAAAAACGGUUAA